GCCGAAGAAAAACGGGGCGAUUCGCAUUUGCAUUGAUUAUCGCAAUCUGAAUGAAAUCACGAUCAAAGAUGUUGGGUGCGGUGUCCAAUGGGGAUUUGCAAUGCGCCUACCACGUUUCAGCGAGCGAUGAACAUGACGUUCAAGAACUUUGUCAACAAGACACAGCUGACACAAGGGAUGAUUAACUUCUGCGCGAUCGUGUAUAUGGACAAUAUCCUGGUCUAUUCGGAAACCUAUCACGGGCACACGCAACAUAUUGAAUGGACAUUGGGCGCACUGAGAGACGCUGGGUUCAAAAUUGUGCUUGAGAAGAGCGAAUUUUUCCUCUCGGAAAUUUCGUUCUUGGGCUAUGUCGUGACACGUGGAGGACUGCGGCCAGACUCGAGAAAAGUUGCGGCGGUAAAGGAAGCUUCGGUUCCCACGUCACUGACACAGGUUCGAGCCUUCUUGGGACUAGCAUCGUAUUACCGGCGCUUCAUCAAGGGCUUUGCCGCGAUUGCACGACCAGUUACGAAUUUGUUACGGAAGGACCAGCCUCUCGGCUGGGACGCGGAGUGCCAGCAGGCCUUCGCAACCCUCAAGGACGCUCUGGCAACGGCCCCUAUUCUGAUUCGACCGGACCCCUCGAAGCAAUUUAUUCUCAUCACGGACUGGCAACCGAAAGCUAUUUCCGCUAUUUUAGAGCAGAAGGGGAACGAUGGUCGCGAACACCUCAUCGAGUACGCGUCACGAACCGUGUCGGACGAACGAAGGAACGACUCCGCACCUCAAGGCGAAUGCUAUGCGGUAGUUUGGGGAAUCCAACACUUCCAUCCUUAUCUCUACGGACAAAAGUUUUGCCUCGUAACGGAUCACGAGCCUCUGCUAGCGCUGAAGAAACUCACCAACUACACGGGCAUGAUUGGCCAUUGGGUGGUGCGACUACAAGAGUACGACUUCGAUAUCGUCCAUCGAAAGACAGAACGACAUGGCAACGUGGACGGGCUGACACGUCUGCACCGACCUUGCAAGUCCGAUAUCCACCCUCGCCUUUCCUACUGCCUAACGAUCCUUGCUGUCCCUGACGUUCAUCCCCCACACUGGAAAAUGUGGCGCGAAGACUUCGUCGAGCUUUCACUGUGCUUGGUCGACGUGCGGCUGGCGUGGACCGAGGACGAGGCGUGCCCGCCUUGCAUAGAGCGCCUGAAGUUGCUGUUCAUCCAGGCUUGGCGAACCAACGUGGAGGGAGAACUCCUCGUGUUUCCGUUCGGUACAGUACGGCCCGGACACGCGCAAGAACUCGUGAUCUUGGUAGCGCAGCUGGCGGACGAUCUCUCUCUCGACAUCAUCUCGCAAGACGACCAGCACCCGAUUCCUCAUGUGCUUUCUCGCACGUUGACACCGUAUCUCCAGUGGUCGGCUUGUGUGGAGGGAGCCGCAGAGCACAUCCCGCCGUCACAGCAACAGUAUUUGGAUCCCGGGACAGUUUGUGAUCCUGGCUUCUUCAAGCAUCCCACGGCAGAGCAGCUUGCUGCCAUUCGAGAGGAAGAAGAGGAGGAAGAAAGCACUGAGAGUGACGAAGGAGAAGACGAGCGGGAAGAAAGUGGCGAAAGCGACGAAGUACUCGGGGAAGAGGACGAAACCCCCGAAGAAGGAAGCUAUAGCGAGCAUAGCGAGGGGGAGCAGAGCGAAGAAGAAGAAGAAGACGAUGAAGGAGAAGAGGAGAACGAAGAAGGACCUGCGGAAUCAGAGUGGGAAGAUGUGCCGGAAGAAGCGCUGCGCACGGGCACGGAGGCUGAAGAUCCGGAGGCGGCCCGCAAAAGAGAAGAAACCGCGGCCAGGAAGAGGGAACUAGAGUUUGCGAGCGGGGCAAGCUUGCACGUCCACGACGACCCAAACCAAGAUCCGGAGCCGCCCCGACCAGAACAUGGCGACCUCACGGCCACGACUCCGACCCCAUCAACACGGUGACGGAGUCGAUCCCCCUCCUCCCCAACCCAUCCCCCAGUUCGCCGACGUACCGAUACG